GCGUGCAUAGCGUUAUUAUUUAGUUUAUUGUAAGACUGGGUAUACGUGACAUAGCGAACUUCAUCAAAAUGACUACGUCACCUGAGUUGUGUUAUAUGGGGAAGUUUUUAGAGAAAUACGAUGGCGGCAAAAUAUAUUUAAAGAAAGAUUAUUGGAAUGAAGGAAUUGCUUUAAUUUGUAUUGAACAUUUAGAAAAAAGAAAUGCUAUUAGCGGUAAAAUGUAUGUAGAUUUUUUCAAAUGUGUUCUGGAAUUAGAAAAUUGGCAAAAUGGAAAAGCUUUAAUACUAUAUGGCGAAGGACCAAAUUUUUGUGCUGGAGGAGAUUUAGAUUUUGCAAAAAAAAGAAAGUAAUAGUACUGCAGGUUACUACAUGAGUUAUUAUAUGCACAAUAUACUUAAAAAAAUAAGAAAACUACCCCUUAUAAGUGUUAGCUUACUUCAUGGAGCAACUUUAGGAGGUGGAGCUGAAAUUAGUACAUUUUGUGAUUAUAUUUUAGUUUCUGAUAAUACCAAACUUGGAUUUGUCCAGGGACGUAUGGGUAUUACGACUGCAUGGGGCGGUGGAACAAGAUUAGUUCAAUUAGUAGGUCAAAGGAAGGCGCUCGAAAUUUUAGCGUCUGGAAAAAUUUUUAAUGCACAAGAAUGUUUAAAACUAGAUUUGGCAUAUAAAAUUGUUAAUACAGAACAGAGACUUGAGCAAGCUUUGGACUUCGUCAGAGGUCUUACGGCAUAUCAUAGCACUAUCAUACAGUCCAUGAAGUUAGUGACAGAAGUAGCAUCCGAGGAAUCUUUAGAAAAAUCACUUGAUUUUGAAAGAAACGAAUUUUAUACUAAAUGGGGAUCAGAUAUUAAUAAAGAGGCUGUGAGCAAAAAUAUUAGAUUUGUUAAAAACGAGAAGAUAUAACAAUAUAUUUAUAUAUUUUUUUAGAAUAAAUAUUUUUACUAUU